AGCAUGUAUGAUGGCUGUGAAGGCUCAUUCACAGCUGCUGACAGGGAGUGCCAGAAGGCAUCCAAGAAGUACUUUGAUGAAAUGGGCAUUAUGUCUGCUGUCUGUCGUCACAGCAUACUGUUAUUCUACAUCAGCAUUUGGACUCCAGGGGAACAACAGUUCUACAUACUUUCAUUACUUGGGAAGCUUAUAGAGCAUCUCUCUUUGUCAUGGACCAUUGGAUGCCUGUAUGACAUUGGUUGCCAGACUGAUUGUGCGCUUCACAAGUGGAAUAUUGCACCUGAGUCAGGGUCAAGG